AUGCUUCUCAAGCUUCUCGAAGCCGUUUGCAAGUGGCCACCAUCCUUUGCAAUCAAAGGAGCGGUUGCCAGUCAUCCGUUCCCGUUCCUCUACGCAAUGACGCAACAACCAUCCAGCAAUACAGGCGAAGUUCUACGCAAUUUAGCCGCCACGAUAUUGAGAUUUGCUUCCUCAAGUGGGCCGUAUGUGGGCAAUUUCCUCUCGAAUCUUGAGACGUUUGUGUCCCGCGCAGACUCGAAUUCACACGCACGGGAGCAUGACCGAGGCCAGUCGAACCAAAGUCUUCCAAAUAGCUUAAUCGAAUCGCCGGAUGAAUACCCCAGCAUUAUAAACGAGACUCUAUACGCCACACUAUCGCAGCACUCCCGUUGUCACUGCCCCGGCGAUGAUGAAUCCUACACAUAUCGAGAGCAUUGGGCGAGGCUGAGGCUAGGGGCCAAGCCCUUCGUAACACGAAAUCACGUUGUGUUUGACAUACUCUUUUCUGCUGCUCCUGCGAGGAGCCAUAUACUUGAGGCUCUGUGGCAGCAUUUGCGGUUGCAAAUCCCCAAGUUUCUAAUCGGUGAACAGGCCAGUGAAUCCGAAAGUAGUACGAAAGAAGACCAUAAGCUCAUUCGAGUUGAAAAUCUUUGCAGUCUCCUUGGUCGCCGGCUUGGCAGUGUCUGCAUACGCAUCGAAAUGAUUGAAGGUCAACUUCACCAGCUGUUUGAUGCAGAGAAGUCCGAUCAUGGCCUAUUGCAGAACCAGAGCGUUUCACUGUCUCGAGUUCUAGAAUGCCAACGACUGCCGACCAGAUCCAAAAUCCUGCUGGCAUAUGUUCUGGCAAAAUCAGUUUGGCAGUAUUAUGACUCUGAUUUCAUGAGAGCUCCUUGGACAACCGAUUCAGUUCACUUCAUGCGGGAGAGCCGGUGGAGAGAAUCCCCGAAUGAAGACAUUAACACUGCUAUCCCAUGUCUUGCAUUUAACCCGCCGUCACCAGAUCAAUUCGAGUCUGCAGAAUUCUACGAUGGCGACAGCGUUCUCCAUCGGUAUCCCAGAGUGCUGGCCUUGGCUGUUUUACUUGUGGACAUUUUUCAGAAUGAACAGAACACGGUGAGAAAGGCGAAAUCUAUAGAGGAGCGGAUCAAUAACGAUUUCAUGAGAUGUCAUGAGAUCGUCGAGAGCGAGUCCUGGCCAGACUUGGAUCUCAAAAACAAUGACGCGAUCUGGACUUACAAAGACGCUGUCCGAAAAUGCCUCGAUCCCAACCUCUUCCAUGUCUCCAACUCUCCGAACGCCUCAUCCAAAGCCGCGAUUAGAAAGCGGCGCAAUGCUCUAUAUACCUACGUGGUUUUACCACUAGCGACUUUGUGUACUGAUGCUGGCAUCGUCGACGAGUCCGACGGAAGACACCGACUGACUUAUUCGGAGACGAAUGUUGAAUCAUCCAACGCAUCAAUGCCCGCACUGUUGGACUCUCUGAAUAAGCGAAUUAGCUCUUCUGCAAUAUGGCUCGAAAGCCUGAUGAGUUCAUACUUGACCGGGCUUGUAAUCAAGCAAUACAGAGCAAACCUUUCAUUGCCACGCAUCCGGAUCGCGAUUCUAGACACGGGAUAUGAUGCGGGGUCGCAAUUCUUCACUGCUACCGCUCGCAUGAGACGACUGGUAAAUUGGAAGGACUUUGUGAAUCGUCAAGAGCAGCCUGUUGACCGCGAUGGCCAUGGUUCACAUGCUCUCUCCCUCCUGAUGAAACUCGCACCAGCAGCAGAAAUAUGCGUGGCCCGAAUAGCAGAGAACUCUCAAGACCUGCAAAGUCGAGCUCUUAGCAUUGCACAAGCAAUCGAAUGGGCCACAAACCGUGAUGGUGCCGACGCAGACAUUGUAUCCAUGUCUUUCGGAUUCUCAGAAGAACCUUUGGUGAAUACAAUGGCAGUCAUCAGCAACGCCAUUCACAAAGCCAUUCAUCAGCGAAACGGCCAGGUCUUGUUCUUUGCGGCCGCAGCAAACGAUGGCGGUAAUCAAAGAGAAGCGUUCCCAGCUCGGCACAACGAAGUCAUCUCUAUUCGGGCGACCGAUUAUCAGGGUGCAUUCCAGCAUUUCAACCCAGCAGCUGACGCGUUGGAAACGCACAUCUUUGGUACAUUGGGGACAGAUGUUCCGGGCGUUUGGCUGAGUCCACAUGAGGAAGGAAUCUGCAAGACAGGAACAUCAAUUGCCACUCCUAUUGUCGCAGGGAUAGCGGCAACUAUCUUGGGAUAUGCGCGGCUGGGCAUAGUCUCGAAUAGGUUUGAUGAGGACGCGCAUAUGGAGAGACUUUGGACAAAGCGUGGCAUGAGCUUGGUGUUGAUGAAGCUUGCUCGCGAGAUGGGUCAAAGACGCUUUUACAUUUAUCCACAGGAGUUCUACAGUGGAAUGAACGAAAAGCAGCGGGACGCUCUUCUUUUGGAGGCGAUGAGGCUUGUCUGA